AUGAUCUUGGCCACCAUCAUUGCCAACUGCAUCGUCUUGGCCCUGGAACAGCAUCUUCCUGAGGAUGACAAGACCCCAAUGUCCCGCAGACUGGAGAAGACAGAACCGUAUUUCAUUGGGAUCUUUUGCUUUGAAGCUGGGAUCAAAAUCGUGGCCCUGGGGUUCAUCUUCCAUAAGGGCUCGUACCUCCGCAAUGGCUGGAAUGUCAUGGACUUCAUUGUGGUCCUCAGUGGCAUCCUGGCCACUGCAGGAACCCACUUCAACACACAUGUGGACCUGAGGACCCUCCGGGCUGUGCGUGUCCUAAGGCCCCUGAAGCUCGUGUCAGGGAUACCUAGCCUGCAGAUUGUGUUGAAGUCCAUCAUGAAGGCCAUGGUGCCUCUUCUGCAGAUUGGCCUUCUGCUCUUCUUUGCCAUCCUGAUGUUCGCUAUCAUUGGCUUGGAGUUCUACAGUGGGAAGCUGCACCGGGCAUGCUUCAUGAACAGUUCAGGUAUUCUAGAAGGAUUUGACCCCCCUCACCCAUGUGGCGUGCAGGGCUGCCCAGCUGGUUAUGAAUGCCGGGACUGGAUCGGCCCCAAUGAUGGGAUCACCCAGUUUGAUAACAUCCUUUUUGCUGUGCUGACUGUCUUCCAGUGCAUCACCAUGGAAGGGUGGACCACCGUGCUGUACAAUACCAAUGAUGCCUUAGGAGCCACCUGGAAUUGGCUGUACUUCAUCCCCCUCAUCAUCAUUGGGUCCUUCUUUGUUCUCAACCUCGUCCUGGGAGUGCUUUCCGGGUAA